CUGAAAAGGGACCAGGAGCCCGGACACCUCAGAGCUGGAGGAGACCCUUCCCGAUGGAAAACACACCAGCAGCUGGAAAAAUGCAGGGGGUAUCCAAGAAGGCCUCACAAAUAUUUCAGCAAACCUGUGCUCUCCUGUGGAAAAAUAUUCUUCUGGUGUGGAGGAUGAAGUCAAAAAGUUUUCAGGAAUGGGUGGCAUCGCUGGUUUUCCUCUACAUCCUGCACGACUCGGCCAGUCUGAUCAUGUACUACCCCACCCAGGAGUUCCCCUACAAAUUCCUGGGGCGCCUGGACGACCCAGCCUUCAAUGCCUCGGGGGUGACGCUCAUGUUCACCCCUGCAACCAACACCACCAGGACAAUAAUGGCUAAAGUGGCCGCCAGCUCGCCACUGAGGGGUGUAAUAAUAGAAGAGAUGGAAAAUGAGGAGAAAAUGGAAGAAAAAGCAAUUUCUGAGGAGGAAACCAUUGGUGUUGUUUUUAAGGAUGACUUCUCCUACACUCUCAGAUUUCCAGUGGGCAGAGCGGUGUUUCCAAAUGAAGGCUUUGAGCACAUCGAAACCUGCUGGGAUUUUUCAGCAAGGCACUGCAAGGUUCCUCUGUACUGGUACGGGGGAUUCCUCUCAGUGCAGUCCAGCAUCGAUGCAGCAGUCAUAGAGAUGAAAACCAACCACUCUGUGUGGAAAGAAAUGAAGUCAAUUACUGGAGUUCACCUGAAAACCGUGCUGAAACCUCUGUUUAAACUGGAUUACAUUUGGUUCAUUAUCUGUGCCAUACUGAGCUACUGCCCAUACAUGCACUUUUUAUCAGUCAAAGUUCUCAAGGAGAAGAAGAAGCUGAAGAUAUUGAUGAGAGCAAUGGGUCUGCAAGAUAUCUCCUUCUGGUUAUCCUGGAGUUUGCUGUACACUGUGUAUGUCUCCAUCACAGCCAGCCUGCUGACCUGGAUCACCCUGAGUGAAGUUUUCAAUCACAACAGCUUUUUGGAACUGUAUUUUUUUUAUUUCUUUUAUGGCACGGCAUCUAUUCACUUCACUUUCCUGCUCAGCUCGUUGCUAAAGCAGCCAAAUAUUUCCAGUUCUGUGGGAUUUCUCCUUCACAUCCUCUUUGGGGCACUGGGCUUUUUGACGUUGUUUGAAAAACUGCCACGGGCUUUGGAAUGGAUUUUAAACCUCUUCAGUCCUUUUGCCUUCACAGCUGGCCUCGCAACGGUAUGUCCAUAACAAACCCAGGGCAGCACAAAACCUCAGCCCCAGAAUUUCUGCCAGGGAGCAGCAAAAUCCACAGUUUGCAUCUGCAGAACAACCCAGUCACCCCCUCUGCUUUUAAAAAGAAAACCUCCCCCCCCGCGAU